UCCCGCCGGCCCCGCCUAGUGACGUCUUUGCCCCGCGCCGCGCCGUCCCGCCCAUCUCCCUGGCCUCCGGUCCCAACUUCGUUUCUCUACUGACCCUCGCUCGUCGCCGCCGCCGCCGCCAAAAUGUCUACAGGUCCGACUGCUGCCACUGGCAGUAAUCGAAGACUUCAGCAGACACAAAAUCAAGUAGAUGAGGUGGUGGACAUAAUGCGAGUUAACGUGGACAAGGUUCUGGAAAGAGACCAGAAGCUCUCUGAGUUAGACGACCGUGCAGACGCACUGCAGGCAGGCGCUUCUCAAUUUGAAACGAGCGCAGCCAAGUUGAAGAGGAAAUAUUGGUGGAAGAAUUGCAAGAUGUGGGCAAUCGGGAUUACUGUUCUGGUUAUCAUCAUCAUCAUCAUCAUUGGUGAGUUACCCUUUUCUAAACUGAUUGGAAAAGUCUUCGCCAUGUGUUCACAGACCAUUGAUUUUGUGUACAAGAACUCAGAUUAAAAUUUCCCUCCGAAAUGUUAGUUUUGGCUAGGUGCGGUGACUCAUACCUGUAAUCCCAAAGCUUUGGGAGGCCAGGAGUUUGAGACCAGCCUGGGCAACAUAGCGUCUCUACAAACAAUUGUUAAUUAACCAGGCAUGGUAGUGCACACCGGUAAGUCCCAGCUACUCAGGAGGCUGAGACAGGAGGAUUGCUUGAGCCCAGGAAUUCAAGGCUGCAGUGAGCCAUGAUCAUGCCACUGCACUCUAGUCUGGGUGACAGAGUAAGACCUUUUCUCAAAAAAAAUAAAGGUUCGUUUAUUCUAAGGUUUUCAGUUUUCUUUAAUAAAUGUUUUAAGUGCUUGAGUUUUGUAUAAGUCUGAGAUUUGAUAUAAACAUUAAUCCUUUGAAGUUAGAGAAAAUUUAUUCAUUUCCACUUCUUUUCUCUGAAUAUAUUUUUUUCAUAUAUUUCCUUUUAUGUAAUGUAGUGGUUAAAAGCAUGGAGUACCUGUGAUCCAUCCUGGUUCCACCACCAUCCAGCUGUAUGGCCGUGGACAAGUGGACAAGCAAUUUAAUAUCUCUGGGUUUCUGUUUCCUCAUUUGUAAAAUGGGGAUAAUAAUAGUACCUGCCUUGUUUGUUUGUUUGUUAAAGGACAGAUCUGGUAAAUAUAUAAAAAUUGGCCGGGCUUGGUGGCUCACGCCUGUAAUCCCAGCACUUUGGGAGGCUGAGGCAGGCAGAUCACGAGGUCAGGAGAUCAAGACCAUCCUGGCUAACACGGUGAAACCCCGUCUCUACGAAAAAUACAAAAAAUUAGCCAGGCGUGGUCGUGGGCGCCUGUAGUCCCAGCUACUUGGGAGGCUGAGGCAGGAGAAUGGCACGAACCCGGGAGGCGGAGCUUGCAGUGAGCCAAGAUCGUGCCACUGCACUCCAGCCUGGGCGACAGAGCAAGACUCUGUCUCAAAAAAAUAAAUAAAAUAAAGAUUGCUUAGGUUGGUGCCUGGCAUAUAAUAAUAAAAAUAAUAGCUGUAUAAAUAAAUAAUAUAUGUAUACACACACACAUACAACUAUUAUUAUAUAAUAUUCAAACAGCUCAUUGCCAUCUGUAGCCCAGUACAUGAGAACCAAAACAUGACUUCUUUCAUUGAUAGAUGGAUGUUAGUGGAUGUUUCCUUUUAGCAGGAAGGUACAGUUACUUGGAUCCUUUUGACUCUAGUCUCCUUCCUCUAGCCCUCUAUAGAAUGGAGAGAAGCCAGUAGUAGGAAAUCAGCCCAGUCUAAUUUCUGAUCACAUUUAGACUGCAGCAAUUGGAUGUUGGCUUGGGAUUCACACUGAGAGACUAACCUGCUGUUUCUCCUGCCUUUUUGCAUCUCUCCUCCUUCUUAGUGUGGGUUGUCUCUUCAUGAAGAACCAGCGGAACUCAAAAGUGUGUUCAAGAAACCUCUUCAAGACUUUUGACUUAGAACCUGCUAUAUUAUCAAGCUUACCUACUGUUAUCUCUAAAAUAUUUUUUUUGUUAAUGUAAAGUUGAAUUUCUAGGAAACGUGCCUUUGUUUUUUAAUAUGCACUCCAAAUUAGAAGUAAGGCCGGCCCCGUCCACAUUUUGCACAGUGCCUUUACAGAUUUACGUAUGGGCUGAUGAAGAGGCCUUCGUAAGUUCCAGAGUGCUAUAAUCUAGAUGUAAUGUUGUCACUAAUUAAUUGCCAUUACUCCCAGUUAGUUACCCUUGUCAUUCGGCAUUAUUUUCAGAACCACAUUUUAAACCUUUGGGUAAUCAGAUUUCCAACUUGUGCCUUCCAGAAAAAAACACUACUGCCUAACACAAGUCUGUGAUAACAACAGGCUGUGCCUUAUUUUGAUAAUUUUCUGAUUCCCUAGAAGAGAACCCUCUACUUUUUGUAAGCACUACUGACUCUUGCUGUAUUUAAGAUAAGAUGCUGGUGAAGAGCUUUUGCUCUUGCAUUAGAUUUGAAGAUGUUUACGUUGUUGUUAUUGUUAUGUAUCACUUGCUAAAAAUAUUGUUUUAAUCAGAAAUAACCUCUUUAAAAAAUUUUUGAAAGAACUAUGGCUAUGACCAAAGCUUCUAUUUUGCCAAAAAGUUAAAUACCGAUAAAAUGGCCUUCAGUGUAUUCCUGACAGUUAAAUUCAGAAACGUGCCAAAUGGAACUCAAGGUGCCCCUUCAGAAUUAAAAUCAUUACCUUGUGUGUGAACCUUCUACAUCUUAAUAGGCCUUUCUUCCUUUUGAAAGGCUGUAGACAGUGCGGCUCCCCUUCUGAUUCAGUAUUUUGCAUGGGGGUUAGAGGUUUGAGGUAGACUCUGUCUCCUAAAAGAGUUUUACCCAGCAGUUGGCAGAUUAUCAGCUGUGGACUCCAACAUGUUUCUGAUAAUUAUGCAAGCAACAAUUCUGUAGCCUCAAGUAAGACCACCUGUGAACUUGAUCAUUAUCUGGCCCAAAUAUGAAGAUAAACUAUAACUUUUUGGAGUUUGUUUCCUAUUUGUAUUCACAUUCUGCUUCCUAAAUCAGUUUUCUAAAUUAGGCCUGCAAUUAGGCAUUGGUCAGGGGUGAAUGGCUCUUUUCACAGAGAGUAGCCAACCAGAGACCUUUGCUUUGAUAUCAUCAGCUGCAGAGAAUGCUGUUGAUGGGAUGCUGGAAGCAGAAACUUUGUCAUCGGAGAAACUUUCCUUGUAUGCAUGAGACUCAACAUCAGGAUACACAGCUUAAAGGUGGGAAUUCAGGUAUGAAAGAAAACAGGCAAGGAGGCACUGAGGGAGAAAGACACAGACUUUAUCGCUCUGUGGCUCAUCGUUACUGGAAUAUUCUAAAACUCUUGUUCACAUGCUAUUAUGACUUAUAAAGCAGCAACAGCUGAGGCGCACCAGGACCCAGCUUCCAUUUCUUUAACGUCUGUUCCCUUAACACCGCUGAAAUGAUUUAAUGUUGAAGACAUGCCUUGCGGUGUGGCCAGCUGUGAGGAGAAAGCAGCUGGCAGUGUUAGGACAUUAGCCCACCCUCAACGCAGGGUCUCUGGCCGGGUCUGACUCUGAAACCUUGGUACUCGCCCCUUGGCCACAGUGUUCAGACCCAUGUAACCCACUGGCUCCUGCAUUAACCCAGAAAUACCUCGCUUGUAUCUGUGCACUUAGCUGGGAACUUACCCACUGUAAUCACCUAAAUAAAGUGUUUAUAAACAUGA